AUGCUUUUCUCUCCGGCCUGCAGUUUUGUCCUUUUGUUUCUUCUCAAUAUCGUAGAUUCUGGACGUAUUCUGUCAAAGAUUAAUCGGCGUUUCCGUGACCUCCAGGCUCAGAGACACAAAGAGUUUUUCCUGACACUCGUUGCUAGCAAAAGUAAUUCUCUUCAACAUGUGAAGGAGGGCUGGAUUCACCAGCCGCUGGACCACUUCAAUAGACAAAAUGUCAAGACCUUUACUCAGAGAUUCUUUGUAAACGAGGCGUAUUGGCAGCGGCCCGAUGGUCCAGUGUUUCUCUUCAUUGGUGGAGAAGGUCCCAUCUAUAACUUUGAUGUUCUUGCAGGUCAUCAUGUUGACAUGGCUAAAGAGCACAGGGCUCUGCUGCUGUCUGUGGAGCAUCGUUUCUAUGGCGACAGCAUCAAUCCCGAUGGCCUAAAAACAGAGAACCUGGCAGACCUGAGCAGCCAGCAGGCACUUGCCGACUUGGCUGCAUUUCAUCAGUACAUCAGUCAGAGCUUCAAUCUGAGCAGCAGAAACACCUGGAUCAGCUUUGGAGGCUCAUACUCAGGAUCUCUAUCCGCCUGGUUUAGAGGAAAGUUUCCAAAUCUGGUGUAUGGAGCUGUGGCCUCCUCUGCUCCUGUGAAGGCAAAGUUGGAUUUUGCUGAAUAUAGCAAUGUUGUCGGCUUGGGCCUGAUGAAUGAGGCUGUUGGUGGCUCAGAGAAGUGUCUGGCUAAAGUGCGGGAGGCAUUUGUUCUUGUCGAAGCAAUGCUGUUGGAUGGAAAUUUCACCAAGGUGGCUGGCGACUUCGGCUGCUGUCAGACUCCCAAAAGUCCUGAUGAUCAGAUGGAGUUGAUGCAAAACCUGGCUGACAUCAUCAUGGGAAGUGUGCAGUACAACGAAGAAGGAGUGUUGAUGUCGAUAAAGGAGCUGUGUGGUGUUAUGACCAAAACAAGUCAUAACGCCACACAGGAGGCAGAGAUGGAGGCCUACAACCGCCUUGUGAAACUCUCACAGAUGUACCACUCCAACUCUGAUGAAUCGUGUCUGGACAUUUCUCAUGAGAAAACGGUGAAGGAGCUGAAGGACGUGUCUCACAAGAACCGUAGAAGAGCAGAGAGACAGUGGACUUACCAGACCUGCACUGAAUUUGGCUUUUGUACAACACACACACACACUCAAAUAAUCACUCAAAUAUCACUCCUCCUGUAUAUUAAACCUUCUUUUCUGUUGCUCUUAUAGAUCAGACCUGUGAGGACACUACCUGUCCGUUCUCUGGCAUGGUAACCCUACAGGCUCAGACUAAGAUCUGUUCCAAGGUGUUUGGUAUUUCCCAGCAUUCUUUGCCUUCACGCAUCGCCUUCACAAACAGCUACUAUGGAGGGGACAACCCCAAUACAUACAGGGUCCUUUAUGUUAAUGGUGGAGUGGACCCAUGGAAGGAGCUGUCAGUGGUUCAGGACAGCAGUGAGGGAUCUCAGACAGUUUUCAUUAAGGACACUGCACACUGUGCUGACAUGUCGAAGGAAAGACUAACAGACCGCCACUCACUCAGGGAGGCGAGGCAGGAAAUUGAGAACCAUGUUGCCAGCUGGUUGAGGACAGCCGCCCUGGAGAAAAUGACAAAAUCAGGAGCAUAAUUGUAAUCAGUGAUGUUAAAGCCAGAUCAGCUCUUAUCAUUGUUUUCUGAAACUGAGAGAAUCUGACUGCUUUCCUGCAUUUCCUCUUGUUGUGUCCAUAAUAAUCUCAGCUCUGCAGUCAGCCUCUGUGCUUGUGUGAUUUGGAUGCUGCCGUUAGCAUUUUGUGAUAUUAAAAAAGUCUUUUUUUGUGGCUUUUACAUGAUUCACUUGCUGCUGUUACACUAUUUUAUCACUAGGGUGUGGUGUUGCAACUUUCUAAGAAAACUCUGAAAAACACCCAAUAUUAAAGUUUGGAGCCGUUAAUCUGCUGUUUUUGAUUAAAUGCAGUAAGCCUGUCAUGGUGGAACAUUUUGGUCAGAUUUGUUUCGUUUUUCUCUAUAAGAAAAAAUAAAAACUGAAAAUAAA